CCUGCUGUCAGGAAGUAGUCGCUCCGCUGUUUUCUGGCGUUAUUCACGCGCACUUCACGCUUUUUAUUCACGUUUUGGUCGCGUGGAGUCGAGCGCGUGUAACUCCAGAAACACCGCGGGUUGAUAAUCGGAGGGAACCCCGCACACACACACCGCAGAUUCACCGCACAAACUGACCGAAACUCCGCCGGACACCUGCAGCUCGAGCCGGGGACAUGAGCACCGCGCGCGAGGAGGUUCCUCACCUGGUUUAGUUUAGGAAGGAAGUCGCGCGGAGCUCAUUAAGGAUCAUAAUGGACUGUUUACCUCUGCUUUAGUUUUGGGGGGAAACGAGCAGCAGCAUGUCUGUGAACGAGCUCUUCACUAAGUUCACCCGGGUGUGGAUCCCCGACCCGGAGGAUGUGUGGAGGUCUGCAGAGAUCACCAGAGACUACAAGGAGGGAGAGUCUGUGCUGCACCUUAAACUGGAGGAUGAAACGCCUCUGGAGUACUCGGUGGGUCAGAAGUCGAACCCUCUGCCGUUCCUGCGUAACCCCGACAUCCUGGUGGGAGAGAACGACCUCACCGCUCUGAGCUACCUGCACGAACCGGCCGUCCUGCACAACCUGAGGGUCCGCUUCCUGGAGUCCAACAACAUCUACACAUACUGCGGCAUCGUGCUGGUAGCCAUUAAUCCCUAUGAGCAGCUGCAGAUCUACGGUGAGGAGGUGAUCAACGCCUACACCGGACAGAACAUGGGAGACAUGGAUCCUCAUAUAUUCGCUGUGGCUGAAGAAGCCUACAAGCAGAUGGCCAGGGACGAGAGGAAUCAGUCCAUCAUCGUGAGCGGAGAGUCCGGAGCAGGAAAGACGGUUUCUGCUAAGUACGCGAUGCGCUUCUUCGCUACGGUCGGCGGCUCGGCCAACGACACCAACGUGGAGGAGAAGGUCCUCGCCUCCAGCCCCAUCAUGGAGGCGAUCGGAAACGCUAAAACGACUCGGAACGACAACAGCAGCCGCUUCGGGAAGUACAUCCAGAUCGGAUUCAGCCGCCAUUAUCACAUCAUCGGAGCCAACAUGCGCACAUACCUGCUGGAGAAGUCCCGCGUCGUGUUCCAGGCUGAAGAUGAGAGGAAUUACCACAUCUUCUACCAGCUGUGUGCCUCCGCCUCCUUACCAGAGUUCAAAGAGCUCAGCCUCACCAGCGCUGAAGACUUCACCUACACGUCUCUGGGUGAGAACAUCUUCAUCGAUGGAGUAAACGAUGCCGAAGACUUUCAGAAGACCAGAGAAGCGUUUACACUGCUGGGGAUUAAAGAGAACAAUCAGAGCAGCAUAUUUCAGAUCAUCGCCUCCAUCCUUCAUCUGGGAAACAUUCAGAUCUGCUCCGAGAGAGACGGAGAGUCCUGUCGCAUCUCAAGAGAUGACGUGCACCUGCAGGCGUUCAGCCGGCUGCUUGGCGUGGAGCAGCAGCAGAUGCAGCACUGGUUGUGUCACAGGAAGUUGGUGACGGCGUCUGAGACGUACGUGAAGAACAUGUCGAGCCGGCAGGCGGAAAACGCCCGCGACGCGCUCGCCAAGCACAUCUACGCUCACAUGUUCGACUGGAUCGUCGAGCACAUCAACAAAUCCCUGCAGACGUCCUCCAAGCAGCACUCCUUCAUCGGGGUCCUGGACAUCUACGGGUUUGAGACGUUCGAGAGCAACAGCUUCGAGCAGUUCUGCAUCAACUACGCCAACGAGAAGCUUCAGCAGCAGUUCAACUCUCAUGUGUUUAAGUUGGAGCAGGAGGAGUACAUGAAGGAGCAGAUUCCCUGGACGCUGAUCGACUUCUAUGAUAACCAGCCGUGCAUCGACCUGAUCGAGGCUCGGCUCGGCAUCCUGGACCUGCUGGACGAAGAGUGCAAAGUGCCGAAGGGGACGGAUCAGAACUGGGCCCAGAAGCUCUACAAGCAGAACUCGAGCAGCGCUCACUUCCAGAAACCUCGAAUGUCCAACACGUCCUUCAUCAUCAACCACUUCGCUGAUAAGGUGGAGUAUCAGUGUGAAGGUUUCCUGGAGAAGAACAGAGACACUGUGUAUGAGGAACAGAUCAACAUCCUGAAGGCCAGCCAGUUUCAGCUGGUAGCAGAUCUGUUUCAUGAGAAAGACGACGUCGCUCCUUCAAAGUCGUCCAGAGUCAACGUCCGAGCAGCGAAGUCUGUCCCCAAGACUCCCAACAAAGAGCAUCGCAAGACGGUCGGACUGCAGUUUCGCAGCUCUCUGAAUCUUCUCAUGGAGACGUUGAACGCUACGACGCCGCACUACGUCCGCUGCAUCAAACCCAACGACCUGAAGGAAUCCUUCUCGUUUGACUCCAGCCGGGCGGUGCAGCAGCUCAGAGCCUGUGGAGUCCUGGAGACGAUCCGCAUCAGUGCUGCUGGAUACCCGUCCAGGUGGACGUAUCCAGACUUCUUCAGCAGAUAUCGAGUCCUGAUGAAGAAAUCUGACGUAACGUCUUCAGAUAAGAAGCAAGUCUGCAGAAACCUGCUGGAGACUGUGGUGAAGGAACCGGACAUGUUCCAGUUCGGUAAGACGAAGAUCUUCUUCCGGGCCGGUCAGGUUGCGUAUCUGGAGAAACUCCGAGCUGAUAAGUUUCGAGCCGCUUGCAUUAAAAUCCAGAAGACAGUGAGAGGAUGGCUGCAGAGAGUCCGCUACGCUAAGAUACGCAGGUCUGCCGUCAUUCUGCAGAGAUACGGCCGAGGAUACCUGGCUAGGAGGUUUGCAGAGCAGCUGCGUCUGAGUCGAGCCGCUCUCAUCUGUCAGAAACAGUUCCGCAUGGUGAGAGAGAGACGAAGCUUCCUGAAGGUGAGAAGCGCCGUGGUGACGAUCCAGGCCUUCAGCCGGGGGAUGUUCACCCGCCGCAUCUACCACCAGUUCCUGCUUCACCACCGGGCCAUGAUCAUCCAGAAGUGUGUGCGCGGCUGGUUGCAGAGGAGGAAGUUCAGACGGGCGCGCGACGCCGCCGUCACCCUGCAGUGCGCCUACAGACGGGUGCUCGCUAAGAGACGACUCAAACAGAUGAAGAUAGAAGCUCGCUCUGCUGAACACCUGAAGAAACUCAACACGGGCAUGGAGAACAAGAUCGUCCAGCUACAGAGGAAGAUGGACGAGCAGAGUAAAGAUCUCAGAAGUCAGAACGAUCAGCUGAUGGUGACUAACAGCGGUCUGGGCUCAGAAGUGACCAAGCUGCAGAAACAGCUGGAACAUCUGCGCAGUCAGCAGGAUGAAGGGCAGCUGGUGUCGCUGCAGGAGGAGCUGCAGAGGCUGCGGGAGGAGCUGCAGGAGGCGCAUGCUCUCAGGAAGAAGCUGCAGGAGGAGCACAGCACUGAGAAGCUGCGUCUGCAUGAGAGAGUGGAGGAACUGGAGACAGAAAACUCUCUGCUGAAGACGGAGAAGGACACGAUGAACCAGAAGAUCCUGCAGCAGUCAAAGAGCAUCGAAGAUGACAGCAGUGUGUCUCAGAGAGAAGUGUCUCUGCAGUCAGAGUUGGAUGCUGAGCGGCAGCGUUAUCAGAAUCUCCUCAAAGAGUUUUCCAGAAUGGAGCAAAGAUACGACAACCUGAAGGAGGAGCUGUCUCUCACCAAGUUCCACCCGGGUCACAGGAGGAACCCGUCCAAUGUGAGCAGCCUGGAGUCGGACUCUAACUACCCGUCCAUCUCCACGUCAGAGGUGGGAGACACGGAGGACUCCAUCCAGCUGGUGGAGGAGAUGGGAGUGGAGAAGGCAGCCAUGGACAUCAGUCUGUUCAUGAAGCUGCAGAAGAGAGUCAGAGAGCUGGAGCAGGAGAGGAAGAGACUGCAGGCCAACGCGGACAAGAUGGAGGAGGUGGCCAAGCGCAAGAACUCGGAGGUGAGGAGUCCUACCUCUGAGCAGGAGACAGCAGACCUGGCCUACGACAACCUGAAGAGACAGGAGCUGGAGUCAGAGAACAAGAAGCUGAAGAACGACCUGAACGAGCUGAGGAAGACGAUGGCGGAUCGCGUGUCACAGAACGGCUCGUCCAAUGAGCUGCAGGACGGCUACAACGUCCUGCUGAGUCAGCUCAGAGCAGCCAAUGAGGAGCUGGACGCCCGUAAGGAGGAAGUCCUGAUUCUGAGGACUCAGAUCGUCAGCGCUGCCCAGCAACAAGAGAGGAGCGAACAUAUAAGUAAUGACACAGAACCCGUCGAUAAAGACGAAGCUCUCAAAGCUUAUCAUGGACUGUCUGAGUCCAAGAAGCUGCUGGAGGCUCAGCUGCAAUCUCAGUCCCGGCAGCACAAAGAUGAGUUGGAGGCUCUUCACACUCAGAUCGAGCUGCUGAAGGCCGACAUCGAGAAGAAGCAGGAGAUCCUGAACUACACCAUGUCUCUGUCUCCGGAGGCGCAGGUGGAGUACAGCGUCCAGCAGGAGAUCACCCGCCUCACCAACGACAACCUGGACCUCAAGGAGCUGGUGGAGAAACUGGAGAAGAACGAGAGGAAGCUGAAGAAGCAGCUCCGGAUCUACAUGAAGAAAGUCCAGGAGCUGGAAGUGUCUCAGGCAGCAGUUCAGGCCAGUAAGUCUAACCCUGAGCUGACCCGUCAGGUGACCGUCCAGCGUAAGGAGAAAGACUUUGAGGGGAUGUUGGAGUACAACAAGGAGGACGAAGCUCUGCUGGUCAAGAAUCUGAUCGCAGACAUCAGACCGAACUCUGUGUCCGCCACCGUUCCCUGUCUGCCUGCUUACAUCCUCUUCAUGUGCAUCCGACACGCCGACUACAUCAACGACGACCAGAAGGUGGCGGCGCUGCUCACCUCCACCAUCAACGCCAUCAAGAAGGUCCUGAAGAAAAACAACGAUGACUUUGAGAUGACGUCGUUCUGGCUGGCGAACACCAGCCGGCUGCUGCACUGUCUGAAGCAGUACAGCGGGGACGAGGUGUUCAUGACGCAGAACACGGGCAAACAGAACGAACACUGUCUGAAGAACUUCGACCUGGCCGAGUACAGACAGGUGCUGAGUGACCUCUCCAUCCAGAUCUACCAGCAGCUCAUCAAAGUGGCCGAGAGCAUCAUCCAGCCAAUGAUAGUGUCGUCGAUGUUGGAGAGCGAGAGCAUCCCCAGCCUGGCGGGCGUGAAGCCGAUGGGCUACAGGAACCGCUCGUCCAGCAUGGACACGGACGCCGGCGGGCCGAGCAGCUACACGCUGGAGGCUCUGAUCCGACAGCUGGGACAGUUCCACGCCAUCAUGAGCGAGCACGGCCUCGACCCCGAGAUCGUGGGUCAGGUGGUCCGUCAGCUGUUCAACUGCAUCAACGCCGUCACGCUCAACAACCUGCUGCUGAGGAAAGACGUCUGCUCCUGGAGCACCGGCAUGCAGCUCAGGUAUAACACCAGUCAGAUGGAGGAGUGGCUCAGAGGUAAUAACCUGUAUCAGAGUAAAGCUGCAGCCACUCUGGAGCCGAUCAUUCAGGCUGCUCAGCUGCUGCAAGUCAAGAAGAAAACGUCUCAGGAUGCCGAAGCCAUCUGUUCCCUUUGUACCAGCCUCACCACACAACAGAUCGUUAAGAUCUUGAAUCUUUACACACCGCUCAAUGAGUUUGAGGAGAGAGUGACGGUGGCGUUCAUCAGGAACAUCCAGAAUCGUCUGCAGGAGAGAAAUGAUCCUCCUCAGCUCCUGUUGGACACCAAGCAGACGUUUCCUGUGUUGUUCCCCUACACGCCGUCCGCUCUCAGCCUGGACACGCUGCACAUCCCUGCAUCACUCAGCCUCGGCUUCCUCAUCAGAGUCUGAAGACACACACACACACACACACACACACACCUGUGACACUGCAGCAGCGUCCUGCAGUGACAUCACAGCAUCAUGUGACAUUACAGGAAGUUCAGACAGACACUAACAGAUGAAAGAAGAAGAAGAGAAGUUCGUCUCAGUCGUUUCAUCAAUAAAAACUAAAGUUUAGAAAUCGGUUCGAUGAUUUGUGACACACACACACACACACACACACACACACACAUACACACACACACACACACACACACACACACACACACUCACACACACACACACACACACACACACACACUCACACACACACACACACACACACACACUCACACACACACUCUCACACACACUCUGGAUUGGACAGAAUUAGAUUGUUCAGGUUCCUAAUGAAGAGACCAGAGACUGUGUGUGUGUGUGUGUGUGUGUGUGUGUGAGUGUGUGUGUGUGUAUGUAUAUAUGUGUAUAUAUACAUACACACACAUACGAGCUGCAGUGAUUAGUCAAUUUAUCUGCAACUAUUUUGAUAAUCAAUUCAUGUUUUAGUAAUUUUUUAGACAUUUUUUCUCAAUGAAUCAACAAUUAAUUGAUUAUUAAAAUAUCUGUUGAUUAAUUUCAUACUAAGAACUAACUGACAGACGAGCUAACGCUAACAGUUUAAUACAAGCAGAGUUCAACCUGCUGCUGAGUUUAAUUAUCAGCUCGUUAAGGAGUUAAUAAUUAGACUCAGGGUCGGUGAACUCUGAGCUUCACUAUCAGACGUUAACACUUUAUAACACUGUUUAUUAACACAGUAAUGAGUCUGAUGUUAACACUAACACAGUAAUGAGUCUGAUGUUAACACUAACACAGUAAUGAUCUGUUUAUUAACACUAACACAGUCAUGAGUCUGAUGUUAACACUAACACAGUCAUGAGUCUGAUGUUAACACUAACACAGUAAUGAGUCUGAUGUUAACACUAACACAGUCAUGAGUCUGAUGUUAACACUAACACAGUAAUGAGUCUGAUGUUAACACUAACACAGUAAUGAGUCUGAUGUUAACACUAACACAGUAAUGAGUCUGAUGUUAACACUAACACAGUCAUGAGUCUGAUGUUAACACUAACACAGUCAUGAGUCUGAUGUUAACACUAACACAGUCAUGAGUCUGAUGUUAACACUAACACUCAGCUGGCACUUUAAUGAUUCAGUUUAUUGAACUGAGACGAGUUUCUAUGUUUGAAUAACGAGCUGCAGCUUCCUGAUCUGAUGACGCUACAAUAAAAACAAUAAAGAGUUAAAGAAUAAAUAUUUCAGCUGUUUCUAAACAUUUAAAUCGAAAGAAAGAAAAAUAUAAUAUUAAUAAUAUUUGCUGCUUUAGGUUUUUUUUUUUUUUUUGCCUUUUCUGUUUUAUUUGAGUUUUAUUUGUGAUUUGUGAUAAAUUUAUCUUUUUAUAAAUCUGAGGAUCUUUUCAUUCUGAUGUUUUCUAUCUUUCUUUUUUUUUUCUUGUGUGAUUUUUUUUUAUAAUUUUCUGUUAAAUCUGAUAAAUGACUAGAACGCUGCAGACGUCUUUGUGCCACACAAACAUCUUAUGAAGUGUAACUGGA